AUGCAAAAAAACAAUCUAUAACAACUGAAAAAUCUGAAUUCAUCAAAGAUUAAUAAGCCUCCUAUUGAUAGUAGGUCUACAAGAAAUGUUUAUGAAUUAUCAGCAGAGAAGUCUUCCAUAAAUAAGUCAUUUAAUGAGAAGAAAAAAUCAGUGCCCAAAUCAAAUGCUAUUUUACAAGAACUGUUCUUUAAAAGAUAAAAUUCCCAGGAGCAACUAUUUAACAGAACUACUAGUCCAAAAUCCUAACAUGAAAAUACAUCAAUAAAUAAAUCAUAACGAUCUAUUUCUCCUCAAAUUCUUUACUAAAUGCCAGUAGAGAUAAAGAAAAUAUACUAAUAAAUAAAUCACAGAUUAGAUCAAUAGAAAUUAUAACAAAAUAAGAAAAAUAAAGAUACUUAAAAAUAUAAGACAGAAGAAUCAAAAUCACAUAAAAAUGAAUCAACAAGUUCCACUAUAAAUGAUUCAGAUGAAUAAAUUUAAAAUUUCAUAAAUUAAGAGGAAAUUGUGUUUACAAUUAUGGCAGUCAUCAGCAGAAAGAAAAAAGUCAUAAAUUAAUGCCAAAAUUAUCUUAAUCGGAUAUCUCAUUUUUUAAUAGAAGAAAAAGAUAAAAUUACUUAGUAAAUACUGUCCAAAUAGAUCCAUUUAGAGAGAAUAGGCAUCUUAGCAAUUUUGUAUAAGGCUCUAUCUGAUACGUUUGAAGAGGAUUAAUAGAAUUUGAAAAACCUGCUUUUUUAUAUACACAACAGUAUGACUUUACAUCUACAAUUCUUAAACUAAUCUAACACUAUUUCACAAUCUCAAAGGGCAGCUAUUUAAGCAAGAUUGAAUAAAAUUAGACCAUAAAAAAACUGCUAAAAUUUAGAUAUAAAUUUAAUCCGUAAAAAUAACAAUGUCGUUUAUUCACUCUUAGUAUUAUUUAUUGAAAAUUCAACUGAUCAAAAACUUAAUUCAUUAGAGAAAAACUUAACAAACAUUGAUCGACUCUCUUUAAACCAGGGAACUGAAUUUAUUAAACAAGAAUAUCACAAAAUUUUGGUUCAUAUACAAUAGUUAAGAUUGACGAUGGAUUCAUAAGAUUUUCAAUUUGACUAUGAAGAAGUGAUAGAUUGUUAAUAGAUACCUUAUUUAUCUAAAACAAAUAACUACACUUUGAUCAUUGAUCUAGAUGAAACAUUAGUUCAUUACUAAGAAUUAGUAGAUGAGGGCCAAUUCUUAGUUAGACCAUUUGCUUAGUAAUUCCUGAAAGAUAUGUCUAAGUUUUAUUAGAUUGUUAUUUUUACUGCAGCGUAAUAAGAUUAUGCAGAUUUUAUUUUGGAUCUAAUAGAUGAGGAUAAAGUCAUAUCUCAUAGAUUGUACAGAUAACACACAACACUUGUGAAAAAUACAUAUGUAAAAGAUAUAUAGAAGAUUGGAAGAGACAUUAAGAAGACAAUAAUAAUAGACAAUUUGGCUGAGAAUUUCUAAUUGCAACCUGACAAUGGAAUACAAAUAUAAAGUUGGUAUGGUGAUUCAGAUGAUCAAGCUUUAUAAUUGUUAUCUCCUUUGUUGAGUUAAAUUGUUUAGAAGAACUUUCCUGAUGUGAGAGAUGCUUUAAGGAAAUUUAGGGAUUAAAUGCAAAGAAAUAUAGAGGCAGGAAUAUCUGACCCUCAUUUGCAUUUAAGUUUAAAUUGA